AUGGCCAUCAUGCUCAACAAUGACAUGCCCAUGUCGCUCGACAACACGGGCGGCGACAUGGCCGAUCUGUUCGGCGAUGCGACUGGCCUUCCGCUCCCCCCGGCCAGCAAGCAGCUCGAGUCAAGGCUCGACUGGUUGCGCUGUCGUGGCUGCUGCAAAACGAUCGCAUGGUCCAAGAUCGGCACAAUCGCCUCCAUCACGCCCAAUGGCCAGGAAAUCGAGAUUCGCUAUCUGCAUACUCGUCCGGAUAAUGGCGAGUGGGACCUGAGCGACCCCAUUGUCAGCCCUCUAUUACGUGGCAGCCCGGAGAACCCAUUGGUGCAUCUCGAAUGGGCAGAGACGAACAAUCCGGAAUUGGCCGUGUUUGAUAAUACCGGCAGGGUCGCCAUCAUCGUGUUCGCCCACACAGUCAACCAGUCAUGGCUCACCCGGUCUUGGAACGACGAUGCGGUGGAUGCGGCCCAGGCUAUCGCCGGCUCGUACUGGCUCCCCGUCAACCCGUCCACGGGCGGCGGCGCGGGCGAAAAGGCGCGGCAGAGCUUCAACGUGUCGUACGGGCCGGCGACCAAAGCUGGCGGCGGCAAGGACUGGUCGUACGAGAGCUCCUUCAUCCAAGCGGAUACCGUCAGUCAUCCCCAGGGCGGGCGUAGCGCCCUCUUGACGGUCACCACGGGCGGCAUGGUCAAGAUGUUCUGGAUGCAGGGGAGCAACCAGCCCGAGGAAACGAGGCUAGAGCUGGAGAGUUUUGGGAACUCGGACGAAAUCAUCACACACGCGGCGUUCGCUGCGGAAAAGAAAGAAUAUGUCGAGCUCGCCUACAUCACCACCUCGCGGCAACUCAAGCUUGUCAAGAUCGACGUCCAAUGGGGCACGCAGCAAGUCCAGUCGGGAGGGCAUCAGGGCACGCGCCAUACCCUCAAACUCAGCGCGAAGAAUUGGGCAAUGACACAAUUGCCCUCAGAAACCGUGGAGGAUAUUUCCAUGCCGCACGUGACGCAGAUGCUGCUGAUGCCCUCCAUACUGGACGACAGUGGGAAGGACAUGUUGCCUCCUCUGAUCAUCUCCAUCCGGGCGCGGUCGUCGGGGAACGGUUCGUUCGCGCCAACAAAUCAGAGCGUCAUCAAUCGAUGGGAAGCCGUCGAGAAGCCGCAUGCGCUCUGCUCGGGACUGGACAAGAUGCGGUUGCAACGCAACGGCGCCGCGUCCGAGGUGGCCGCAAGUAUGCAGCUGCAGCCUCUCGAGCAGAUCGUCUUGGACAAGUGCGUCGUUGGCGUCCAGUCGGCUCAGUUUGGCAAGGUCAUUGUCCUUGCAUUCUCGGAUGGCAGUUCGCAAUACCGCGAUAGAUUCACCUUCGCCGAGCUGUAUGCUGAGCGCAGCCUCGAAACAGUGCAACACCUGCGGCAGGUCGGUUGGACGUUUCCCGACGACUGCCACUGCCAGCAGAUCGCCUUCUCCCCGUCUCACUUUUCCAUGAUCCAGUUGGGCGACAAUGGCAAAGUACACUGGAGUAAACUCACUUGUGGCCAGGACAACCUUGGGAGCUCCAUGAAAGACAGGAUGAUCGCCGACUGGUUCCAAGAGCUCACCCGCAUACUGUCCGUGCAGACAGACUACGUGCCCGACCAGCCGGGCGAUGCGCUGCUCAAGAACGCGCAGCUGGCACCCAUUCUGAGUAUAGGAGUGUCUCUCGGCUACCAUGGGGACCUGCGACCACGCAGUUUCCAGAGCAAAUUCGCUAUGCUUUGCUGCACUAUACGCAACGUGGCCUUCAACAUAACGAUUACAACUAAUGCUCCCUUCCCGGUGGCCAGCCGCAAAAGCCUACUGGACGACCACGAAAUCAUUGACUUUCUUGCAAGUACAAUCAAGUGGUCGUUGGAUCUGCUCUCGUGGAUCUCGUCGUCUCUCUUUGAGCUCAUGCACGAUGCAGAGUUCAUGGCUCGACUCACGCCCGAGAGGUCGUCGGAGAUGGGCCCGUAUCUCGAAAAGCAGGGCGAGGUGGCCCUGCAGCUGCUAAUGUGCUCGACAAGCAGGGCCUUUCUCGCCAGCCUCUGCCGCAAAAUAGCGUACAUGGGCAACACGACAAACAAGGCCAUGGAAUAUUAUCAACUACACCCUCACGUGCAAAGUGGCCAAAACGGACAAGGAGGUCAAGCGAGCAAGGACACCCCCGGCAUGCGCUCUGCCUUUGUGAAGCUACACAAGGUCUUUGCGCAGAGCCCCAUCAAGGUGGGAGACUUUGAGAAACUCAACCAGCUGAUUUCGCAGGGCAUUGCGCAAGCAUAUGAUGCAUUCCUGCCCAAGAUGGCCAGGAGCCAGAGCCAAGCGCUCAAGGGCAAAGAGGAGGACGAGGCGAUCAAGGCCCUGCGCGCCAUGUUCGAGACGCAGAUGCUCACGGCCACGGUGCCGGUGCCGGGGUUCCUGCCCCUACUCCGGAAACUCUUCCACGUGGACCUGCCGGCGUACCGCAAGACGACGGACAUGGCCCGUCUGUUCUUUGACGGGUACUCGAUACUCACUGUGCAAGGGGAUGAGAGCGCCGUCAAGGGGGUGCGACUGUCGCACAUUGACGCGUUCAGCAAGCAGGUGACGAGGAUGGACGCGAAGAAGCAGUGGAGGCGCUGUGUGCGGUGCACAUCCAUCAUGGAGGACCAUGGCAACACGCGCUCACCGGGCCUGACGUUCAUGGCGGCGCAGAUGCGGCGUUGUCCGUGCAGUGGAUCGUGGGCGUUACUGCCGGCAGGCAAGGUUGAUGCGUAA